GUCAGAACUCUUGGCCACACUCAAGAGAAAAAUCUCACCCCCACCUAAAAAUCAGUUUCCCUCUUUGCUUCUUGGUCUACAUAAAAGCCUUUAAGCAACUUAAUAGCCGUUGAAAGCCGUUAAAGUUAGACACCACAACGAUGUUGGCUUCUUGGAGGGUCACGCUCGCACCAUGCUUCUCUGAUAAGAGACUUAGAAGUGGGUUUUGUUGCAGAGCUGAUGCUCUUCAAAGCCAUGCAAAUGGAGGGGAAGCCAAUGGCCAAAUGAAGAAGAAGAAGAAGAAGAAGGUGGUAAUCGUUGGCUCUGGCUGGGCUGGCCUUGGAGCUGCUUAUCACCUCUGCAACCAGGGAUUUGAUGUCACUGUUAUCGAAGGCAGUCCAGAAGAUGUUGGUAUCCGUGGUUAUUGGUCUCCCUACCAAAACAUAUUUAGCCUUGUUGAUGAGCUGGGUAUCAGGCCCUUCACUAACUGGACAGCAUCUGCACAUUAUUCAGGAGAGGGGUUGGAGGUUGAAUUCCCAAUAUUCAAAGAUUUGCCUCAAUUGCCGACUCCAUUGGGAACAUUAUUUUAUACUCAAUUUGCUCGGCUCCCAUUGGUGGAUAGGUUAACAUCACUUCCUUUAGGAGCUGCAGUAAUUGACUUUGACAAUACCGAAACGGCAUGGAGACAAUAUGAUUCAAUUACCGCAAGGGAGCUUUUAAAACAGUUUGGCUUCUCGGAAAGGCUUUAUCGGGAUGUUUUUGGUCCAUUGCUUCAAGUGGGUUUAUUUACUCCAGCAGAACAAUGUAGUGCUGCUGCAACUCUCGCGGUGCUAUUCUACAUCCUUGCCCACCAGAAAGAUUUCGACUUGGUAUUGUGUCGUGGGACAGUCAAGGAAAAGAUUUUUGAGCCUUUGAUUGACUUCCUGAGGUCUAAAGGUUGUGAAAUUCUGGAGGGCAAAAAAGUGACAGAUUUUUUCUUUAAUGAGGAGGAACCAACCUGUAUUUCAGAAGUAGUUUGUGGCAGAGAGUCAUAUAAUGCUGAUGCAGUUAUCUUGGCUGUUGGAAUAUCCAGACUCCAGGAACUUGUCAAGAACAGUGCAGUACUAUGUACAAGGGAGGAGUUUCUGAAGGUUUUAAACUUGACUAGCAUCGAUGUAGUCACUGUCAAGCUUCGCCUUGAUAGGAAGGUUAAAAUUCCGAAUGCAAGUAAUGCUUGCUCUGGAUUUGAUGAAUUUGGCUGGACUUUUUUUGACUUGAACAUAAUUCAUGAUGAGCAUAAAGAUGAUCCAGUAACAGUCCUACAAGCUGAUUUUUAUCAUUCCAACGAGUUGUUGCCGAUGAAGGAUGAGGAUAUAGUUGCAAAAGUGAUGUCUUACCUCUCAAAGUGCAUCAAGGACUUUGAGCACGCUACUGUGAUGGAUAAGGAGAUAGGAAGAUUUCCACAAUGUUUGACUCACUUUUUUCCAGGUUCGUACAAGUACAUGAUGCGCGGGUCUACAUCUUUCCCAAACUUUUUCAUGGCCGGAGACUGGAUUAUAACCCGACACGGCUCCUGGUCACAGGAGAAAUCUUAUGUCACUGGACUUGAAGCUGCCAACCGGGUGGUAGACUAUCUUGAAGAAGGAAGCUUUGCUAAAAUAAUACCCUUAGAGGAAGAGGAACCUCACAUUCAAGUCCUUCGCAGCCUCAACAGGAGAUUUAAUGAGUUUAGAGACCAAGUUCCAUUGUCCAAUUUUUUCCUUCAGUAAACCUGUCAUGCCAUUGGCUAAUCUGUACUCAUGUGGUAGUUGUAAUCUUGAAGUCGCAGGCUUGAACACAAGCUUUGUUCUGGAAGUGUUAACACCAAAACAUGUAUUUGUUCCAAUGGAAAAUAAGAUCAAAGGAAUGUGGAAUGGAUUUUGUUCA